UUUCCGGCCGAGGGAUAAAUUCUGAGAUCUCUGCUCUUGAUCCAUCUUGAUCUCUCUCAUCUCUGUUUGCCGACAGAACACUCAUCCACGUGUUUAUAACCUCUUUUCAGGUUGAGAAAUAACAAGAAAUAACCUCUAAAGUACAUGUAUGAACGAAAUUUGCACGUGCACCAAAAUAUUCGAACAUUUAGAAAAAGUUCAUCAAUCAUAAAAAAUGUCGCGACUGAUAGUAAAAAAUUUACCUAAGAGCGUUACAGAUACGAAGUUGAGAGAACUCUUCAGUCAAAAAGGUUUAGUGACUGACGUACAAUUAAAAUAUACGAAAGAUGGCAAAUUUAGGCGAUUUGCGUUCAUCGGGUUUAAAACGGAAGAACAAGCUGCGGCGGCUAAAGAAUAUUUUGAUAAAACGUGUAUCGAUACUUGCAGAAUAAAUAUCGAACACUGUGCUAGUCUAGGUGAUUCUUCUAAGCCCAGGUCGUGGAGUAAAUAUGCGCCUGACAGCUCAAAAAAUGUUGCUACUAGCAAAGCCUCUACUGAUACAACGCAGAGUAAAACACAGGAUGAGAAGGAGGAAAAGAAGGAAAAGAAAGAAAAGAAGAAAAAAGAAAAGAGAGAGAAGGAAUCAAAGCAAGAGCUUGAGGAAGCACUGAAAAAAUAUAAAGAUGACCCAUUGUUUGCAGAGUUUCUCGAAAGUCAUGCAGGGAAUAAAACUAUAUGGAAUAACGAUACAGCAUUAACAGAUAAUCUUGAUAAAGAUCAUAACGACAGCGAGAACAGCGAGAACAAUGAGGACAGUGAAACUGAAGACAAGAACGAUGAAGAGGAAGAAGAAAAGAAAGAAGAAAAAAUUGCAGACAAAGUUAUAUCUGAUUUAGAAUAUAUGGAGACGUUAAAAGAGGGGAAAAAAACAGACAAAACUAUCCCUAACGAGAAAAGUGCAUCGAAACAUGGUCCUUUGAAAUUUUUCACCGUAAAAAUUCGCGGCUUAGCAUACAAUCAUAAGAAGAAGGACAUUAAACAAUUCUUUCGUCCACUGAAAGCCAAAUCGAUACGAGUCCCACCAAAGAUCAAGGGAAUCGCCUACGUUGGUUUUAAAACGGAGCAACACUUGAGGAAAGCGUUGCUGAAAAACAAAAGUUUCUUAGACGGAAAACAGAUAUUCGUAAUGAAGUACGAAGGGAAAGAGCAAGGGGUUACCGAAGAACAAAACGGAGAGGAUGGUAACGUUAAAUGGAAGAAACAAGCCGAAGCAUUGAAAAACGAAGAGAGUAUAGCGGAAUCUGGGAGAAUGUUUAUCCGAAAUCUCUCGUACACAACAACGGAGGAUGACGUUCGGCAACUAUUUGAGAAAUAUGGUCUUUUAAGCGAAGUAAAUUUACCUAUCGAUCCGACCACUAGGAAACCAAAGGGAUUUGGUACGAUAACAUUUUUAAUGUCGGAACACGCGGUGAAAGCUUACAGCGAACUAGACGGUUCUAUUUUCAAUGGAAGGAUGCUACAUCUGCUUCCAGCUAAAACGAAACCCGAUCCUAUGGAGGAACACGAUGAGAAAGGAUUGAGUUAUAAGCAGAAGAAGGAGCUGAAAGCUAAAGCGACCGCCGGUUCUUCCCACAACUGGAACACUCUUUUCCUCGGACAGAACGCAGUGGCGGAUGCCAUAGCUGCUGCUUAUAACACGACGAAAGAACAAGUGCUCGAAGAUGGAUCGAAAGGCUUGAGUGCCGCAGUAAAAUUGGCCUUGGGAGAAACCCAGUUGGUUCAAGACGCGAAGAAUUUCUUGGAGGAGAAUGGAGUGUCAUUGGAUGCAUUCAAUCAACUAGCGAAGACGAGGUCAAAAACAGUGAUACUCGUAAAAAAUUUGCCUAUUGAGACACCGGUGCAAGAAAUUCGUGAAAUGUUUGCGCGACAUGGCGAAUUGGGCAGGGUGGUAAUGCCACCUUCAGGCAUCACCGCUUUGGUGGAAUUUUUGGAGCCUUCCGAGGCACGAAAGGCAUUCGUAAAAUUAGCAUAUACGAAAUACAAACAUCUGCCUCUUUAUCUGGAAUGGGCUCCAGAAAAUAGUUUCACCACUCCACCAACGGUGAGGACGAAGGACGAAGCGACUGACAAAAGGAAUACUAAAGAUACUGACGAACAGCCCAAGGAAUCUCCGGACAAUAUAAACGACGCAAACAAGACUAACAAAGAAAAGACCGAGGAUGAAGACGAACCUGAACCGGAUACCACUCUUUUUGUCAAAAAUAUUAAUUUCGCGACUACGGACGAGCAACUAAAGGAGUACUUUGGUAAAUGUGGCCCCCUUCAUUACGCUACGAUAGCAACGAAAAAGGAUCCAAAAAAUCCUGGUGGCAAGCUUUCUAUGGGUUACGGGUUUGUGAGAUACAAAUGGAAAGCCGACGCGGACCGUGCAUUAAAGACGUUGCAAAUGACCGUGCUGAACGGAAAGACUCUGGAAUUAAAACGUUCAGAACGAACACUGACGACUGACGUAAAGAGCGCAAAGAAAACGUCGAAAGUAACGGGUCAAACAGGCACGAAGAUUCUUAUAAGGAAUGUACCGUUCCAGGCCACGGCCGCGGAGAUAACUGAGUUGUUUAAGGCAUUCGGGGAGAUCAAAGCAGUGCGACUACCGAAAAAGAUGGUCGGCGUUGAAAAACAUCGUGGAUUCGCCUUCGUGGAGUAUUACACAAAGACCGAAGCAAAGAAAGCAUUUAAAGCCCUCUGUCAAAGUACUCACUUGUACGGUCGAAGGCUGGUCUUGGAAUGGGCUCAAGCCGAAGAGGGUGUGGAAGAUAUCAGAAAGCGAACCGCGAAACACUUUUACCAAGAAGAAACAGCCAAGAAGAGCAAGAAGGCUACAUUGAACCCUGAAGACGUUGGCUUAGAGGAAGUGUUAUAAGAUUUUGUACAUGACAUUCAUACUUUUGUACAUAACAUUCAUACUUUGUACAUUAACAUUCAUACUUUGUACAUAACAUUUAUACUUUGUACAUAGCAUUCAUACUUUGUACAUAACAACAUACACAAAAUAAAUUCAUUGGUCACGUAGAGAUUCCUUUCGAUA